UUGAUCCUUGUACUCCAGAAUAACUUCUUGCUCCAAAUUUAAAGCAAAUCCAACUCAUAGGAAGGAAACUUUAAUACUUGGCAACUCAUAUAAAGCGAACUAUCCAUAUAAAGAGCAGAGAAAUUAAGCAGAAGUUAGAGAAAUAAGCAAUAAUGGAGGUUUCAAAAUUGGUAUUGGGUCAAUCUUGUGGUUUUUCUGGUGCUGGAAUGGAUGUUCAUGCCCGAAGAUUUCAUUACUCUGCUUCAUCUUCCUCUUUGUCAAUUUCGGGUCCUGUAAAAUCUGGGCAUUCCUUAAGACCUGGAAAGAUUUGUAGGUUUUCUGAUACGGGUCACUUGGAAUAUUACAAUUACAGGAGUAAUACUUCGGGGAUUAUAAGGUGUGGACAGAAGGAAAAUAUUAAGGAAAAAGAGACAAAGAAGAUUAAGAACAAGUUGAAAUUGCUCAAGGGGUUGUCGAAGGAUUUAUCAACGUUUUCUAACAUGGGUUUUCAAUUUAACUCCGAUGAAGUUAAAGGCAACUCGAUUACGGAGGCUGCCGAGUUACUGAUGGAACAAUUAGAGAAACUAAGGGCAGAGGAGAAGAAAUUAAAUAAGAAAAUGAAAGAUGAAAAGGCUAAACUAAAAGCUGCACGGAUGCAGAACCUGCUCGAAUGUGAAAUGUCUUCAAGUUCUUCUUCCGAAAGUGAUAGUGAAUGCGGUGAGGUGGUUGGCAUGAACCGCCUUAACCGCCCACAGGCAAUCCCGGUUACUUUGCCACGAGUGGACGAGGAAGUAGCAUCACCAUCUCCUAGCUUGUCCACCCGAGAGGGGACUACUACUGAGUUACAAACGAGCAUUUUGGAGUCAGUGCCAGUCAUCACAGAGGAUAAUACUGACGUUGGGAGGGGCGUUGAAUCUUGUGGAUCAGUUCAAGAAUGCAGUUCUAGAACAGAUAGCUUAUGUAGAGACGCGAAUAAUGUUAGUUCCAGCCAUGGAAAUACCAUGGUUAAAGUAGCUUCUGCUAAGAAAAUCGAGGUAUGUAUGGGUGGAAAAUGCAAGAAAACAGGGGCUGCAGCAUUGUUAGAGAAAUUUCAGAGGACAGUCGGGAUUGAAUUUGGAGUUUCGGGAUGCAAAUGCAUGGGCAAGUGCAGGAGUGGCCCUAAUGUUCGGGUUCAAAAUAACUUGGAAGGCGUUCAAGCUGGUGGUGUUGAUGUUUCUGUUAGGAGUCCGAGCAAUCCUCUGUUCAUCGGUGUUGGUCUAGAGGAUGUUGAUUUAAUCGUCGCAAAUUUGUUGGGCGAGUACCAGCCCAAUAAAUUUGGGGCAGCUGCAUCAUCUUAAUCUCGAUAAUUUGAAAAUAAAAAAUAAAGAAAUAUGUAUGCAAUUAUGUUCGCAUUCGUUGUCAAGAUUUUUGAUCAGUACAUGUAAAUGGUAAAUCUUGAAUAGUAUGCAAAAAAUUAUUGUUCAGUAGUAAUUAUUUUUA